GAAAGGCAUAAAACUAUCACUAUACGCAAAACUAACAUGGGAAAUUGAAACGCCGAGUUAAACUAUCAUACGCUCUCUCUAUUUAAACAGCUUAUCUAUUUGCUUUGUGAACUCACAAAUUCUCUUGGUCUUAAAUUCCAAGAAAGAACUUUGAAAACACAGAACACAAAUAUGGGCUCACAAGGCACAAUACCACCUAUUCAUGUCUUUAUGAUCUCAUUCCCAGGCCAAGGCCAUGUCAAUCCUCUACUUAGACUUGGCAAACUUCUAGCUGCCAAAGGUAUUCUCGUUACCUUUUCUACAACCGAAAGUCACGGUGCUCAAAUGAGAAAAGCCAAUAAAAACAUAAGUGAUGAGCCAACUCCCUAUGGUUCAGGUAUGAUAAGAUUUCAAUUCUUUGAUGAUGCUUGGGAUUAUUCUAAGCCCGAGGGAACCGACCUCGGGUUAUACAUGCAACAUCUAGAGUCAGCGGGUACAGAACGCCUCAAUCAAAUGAUUGAGGAAAACGAGAAACAGGGUCGCCCUGUUUUUUGUCUUAUAAAUAAUCCUUUUAUUCCUUGGGUUUCUGAUGUUGCUGAAAGUCUUGGAAUUCCUAGUGCUGUCCUUUGGGUUCAAUCUGCUGCUAGCUUUUCUUGUUAUUACCAUUAUCUCCAUAAAUUAGCUGAAUUCCCUACUGAAUCAAACCCCGAGCUUGAAGUUCAACUUCCCGCUAUGCCUCUACUCAAACAUGACGAAAUUCCUAACUUCUUGCACCCUUUUUCUUCUUCUCGCUAUAUUAUGUUGAAAAAGGCUAUUUUGGGUCAAUUCAAAAAAUUAUCUAGUCCAUUUUGUAUACUAAUGGAUACUUUCCAAGAACUUGAACUUGAACUCGUUGAGCAACUUUCCAAAAUAUGUCCUAUUAAAACUAUCGGUCCAUUAUUCAAGCACCCUAAAUUAGUUUCCCCUAAUGGAUCCUCACAAGAUUUUCGUGGCGAUUUGUUCAAAGCCGAUAGCGGUGUAAUACAAUGGCUCGAUUCAAAACCAAUGUCCUCUGUUGUGUAUAUUUCAUUUGGGAGUAUAGUCUUAUUGAAGCAAGAACAAGUUGAUGAAAUGGCCUAUGGGUUGUUGAAUUCAGGGCUGAAUUUUUUGUGGGUAAUGAAAGAACCUUACACAGGGACAGGUUUUUUACCAGUUAAAUUACCAGAUGGAUUUUUGGACAAAGCUGGUGAUAGGGCUAAAAUUGUACAAUGGUGUCCACAAGAACAAGUGUUGGCACAUCCAUCUUUAGCAUGUUUUUUGACCCAUUGCGGAUGGAAUUCGACUAUGGAAUCACUAGCAAUUGGUACACCAAUUAUUGCUUUUCCUCAAUGGGGUGAUCAAGUACUUGAUGCUAAGUAUUUAGUGGACGUAUUUAAAGUUGGGAUUCGCCUGUGUAGAGGUGAGGACGAAAAUAGAAUUAUUCCUCGAGAGGAAGUUGAGAAUUGCGUGAGGGAGGCGACGAGCGGAGCAAAGGCGGCGGAGAUGAAAGAAAAUGCGUUGAAGUGGAAGAAAGCGGCGGAGGAUGCGGUGGCUGAAGGUGGCUCCUCCCAGCAGAAUCUGCAGGCUUUUAUUGACGAUAUCAUCACAACAUGUACUGCUGAAAAGUUCAAGAAAUCUGGCCUGUACUAAAUGUUUUUAUGGUCCAAAACAGGAGAUCGACCACCUUAGAAAUUAUAGUACUUAACUAGUUGAAUUAAAGUUGUGUAUUUAAUAUUUGAAACAUCGAAUUAGACUAUGUUUCCAGUUUGUUAUAAUAAUAAUAAUAGAUCCACAUUGUCCGUUUGACUGCUAAAGGAAGCUAGCUUUCUUCUAGAAACUCAACGUGAGAAUUAAUAAUAUUUUCUUAAACA